AUGGCAUCUUCAUCCUACACCGCUGCCCAAGCUUUGGACAGAGCGAGGGACCUUCUACAAUCCAUCGGACCUAAAGCAGGUAAUCAAGCUAAACGUCAAUUCCAAGAACACCUAAUCACUCUUCCCUCUUACCCGGAAUAUGAGAACAAGGCUUUUUUCGGUACCCUCGUCGCCAAAUAUUUCGGUGAAUUUGAAGAUCUACAAGAUACAGCUAUAGAUGCAUUAUUGGAUCUAUGUGAAGAUGAAGAUGAAAAAGUUAGAAUAAUAGGUAUUAAGGGAUUAGGACCGACUGGGAAAGCUGAUCCGAGGUGGGUAAGAGGGAAUACGGGAGUGUUGUUACAGCUUUUAGCGUGUCAACCGAGAGAACUGCGAUACGUCAAAGAAUCUUUACAAACCCUCUUCUCAGUUUCACCUUCAGAAGUUUUCCAAGUCAUGAUUGACGAUUGUAAGAACACAGAGGAAGAGACGGGAACAUCGAGAUUGAACAUCUUACAAUACUUACAGAAUGACCUGGCUGAACGGAGGAAGGAGAUGCUCGAAAGUGGGAUCAACCCAGAGGCAGAAAACGUAGUCAGAGAAGGAUUGUUUGAGAUACUUGAACAUGCCAACGAAAGGGAAAGUAAGAUAUUGUUCGGGAUAUUAGAAAAUUUAUCAACUAUAUCUGGCAAGAACGUGAAUCAAAAGACGAAAAGCAAAUAUAUCAAGGCCCUAAUUAGAUCUGUACCUUCGAAAUCGUCAAUAGAGAAAACUCAGCCACUACUGGAAUCGUUCAGACGAUAUAUCGAAAAGGCAUCGCCUAUAGAUCCGAGAGUUGGAAUAUUGCUCUUUGUGAAACAUGGUGAAGUGGUCAUUAGGCAGUCAAUGACUAAAAACGACUCUACAGCGAUUUGGUUGGUGAAUAGGUUGAAAGGGUGCACCAGAGAGGUUCUAGAUAAAUGGACGAUGAAGGGAGAUGAUCAAGAUUUGGAAGAGGAUAAUUUAGCUCCAGCUUUCGUACAAAACGUAUUACCUCCUUUUCUUGACGAGUGUGUAACUCUCUUCAAAAAGGGUAACCUUGCUUCAGUUGGGGAUCUCAUCGAGCCAAUUUUAUAUGCGAUCUAUCGCUUGACCACCAUCCAUGAUCGCAGAUCCAACCUCGUCAUCCGUGCGGACUCCGAUAUCUUGUCAGAUUUAGCUAAGGAAGCCAUCAAAGUAGAGAGACGUUUGCAGAAGGGUUCGGCAGAAGCGGAGAAGUGGGCCAACAUCAUAGAUAUGGCUGAGAUAUUGGCAAAUCCCCGAACCAAAGUGGUGAAGAUCGUACCUUCAUGGGAGAUUUCGUCUAGUCGAGCACCAACUGCUCCCGCCUCAUCUUCGUGUUACGUCGAUGUACCACAAAGAACAGCUACUCCACCCAGUGCACCUCGUGGUCCAAGAGCAUCUCAGGCUCCUCCAAGUGGUCCGAGAAGUAGUCAAGCAGGUCCAUCUUCGUACAACUCGAAGCCUAUUCCAUCUGGUUCAUCAAAUGGUAAUAGGUUCUCUGUGCCAUCUGGACCAUCUUCCUCGCGCUCGCAGCCUGGAAAUUAUGAUAGGAGAGAUCGAUCACCCGAAAGAAGGCCCAGAUCGCCACAGAGAAGACCCCGGUCACCUGACAGGAGAGCUCGCUCACCAGAUAGGAAUCGGCGCAAUAUCGAUAGAAGAUCCCGAUCUCGAUCUGUCGAACGAAAGCCUCCCACUGGUCCUUCUAUCAAGCGCGAGCCGACUGCUUUACCCCCUCGGCCAGCCGCUACGAUCGACAGACACCCGACACCUCCGCCAGAUCAACCCAAACGGAGCAUCCCAGCAGGACCUUCGGGUCAGAUCAAACUUGAUACUACUCGCGAGCUGCUAUCUAUCCGAAACGCCGCAACUAAAACCGCCGACAAAGAAGACAUUCAACCCACUAUCACUGCAUCCAAUCCGACUAAACCUCUGUCUCCUAUAUCAAUCCGAUCUUCACAGCCAAAGAAAAAGGCAUCAGCAGAACCUCUUGAACGAGUCGAGAACAAAUUAUCUGAGGGUCCUUCCAAGCGUAUAUCACUCGCUGAGCGUCUAGGCGCUCCUGCCUCUGCGACAGUCACGCCAACCUCCAACAAAAGACCUCGUGAGAAUGACGAAACCCAGAAUAUCAAAGAAGCAAGGAAGGAGGAUGGUCAGACGAAGCAGGCAGAUAGACCAUCGUUGUUGUCUAGACUCGCAUCUAGAGACGGUGAGAUGCCCCAGCCGAAGAGAGUCAAAGAGGUACCGUCGAAAGAAGUGAUACAAACACCUACUGCUGAAGCUACCCGAAAAGCUGAAGGAGGAAGAUUGUCUUUGUUAGAUAGGAUCAAUGGGAGUGGUAAAUCGAGUCAAUCCACUAUACCUACCAAUUCCAGUAUACCUUCUCCUUCACUCGCAACCAUUACGAUAAGGAGUGAAAACACGACUCAACGAAACGAUAAAUUGUCAUCAGUUCAAUCAACUGGAACAUCAAAAGGUCUCAGUAUCCUAAAUCGUUCAGCGACUUCAUCUCCCCAACCCCAACCCCAACCCCAACCUCCAAACUUACCCGCCAAACCAACACAAAGCUUAUCAUUCCUCUCACGCUCUACCAACUCCCCCUCCAUCCCAUCAGCUCCCAAGGGUUUCUCCAUACUCAACAGAGCUUCAUCUUCGUCCUCUCUCAAUCCGUCUACAGCCACUCGAAAAAUGCCGUUGCAAAUAGCCGAAGAGAAAGAUGUGGUAAGGAAAGGAAGGGGUUUUAGAGAUAGGACGCCGGAUGGUGAGGGUAUCGGUAUUGAUAUAAAUAUGAAUGAGCCGACUUUCCCAACGGGCGAUGUGGGCGUCGAUGGAGGGACGAAUUUGGCUGGGAGAUUGAGUAAUGGUAAUGGUUUUGGAGGUGGAUUCAGGGGUGGGGUAAGAGGAAGGGGUGGAGCAAGGGCAGGAUUUGGAUUUGGAAAUAAUUUCGGAUCGAGAUGA